AGUGAAUAAAGAUUUUAGGAUAGAUAAAUCAGAUGAAAAUCCGAUCAAGGGUCGCUGUUAGAUUAAAUAAAAAGUCUGAACUUAAUGUAUAAUAAGUUUGACAAUAAUUCCUAAGAUGUCGAAAGCAACGAAUAAAGAACAAGCUUGUGAUGCACACAAGAAUGAACUCGCUGUAUCUGUAUGUAUUAAACAUCACAAUUUAUUGUGCCUUGAUUGUAUUGUGCACAAGAAAAAGACUGAUUGUGACCUCAAGAUUAUAGAAAAGCUCUUACCAGCCGAACGGCACUUAUAUGAACUUUUGAUCAUUAAGAAGAGUAUUGUCGAAAAAAAGGGGUAUAUUGAUACUCAUACAGAAUCGGUUCAAGAGAAAAGUAAGGAACUUAAAGCUGAAAUCAAAGCACAUACUGAGAGGUUAAUCCAAGAGAUCAAAGAAUGUGAAGUCAAAACUGCAAGAGAGGUAGAACUGCAAUCAAAAAUUCUUUUGGAUCGGGAUGAAGAAGAAAUUCGCAAAAUCAAAUCUCUAGAAGAUGAUGUUUUGAAAAAGAUUGGAGCUAUUAGCACAAUAGAUAAUGAAGCUUUAGAAUCAGAAAUCGAACUACUGCAUGAGCAAGAAGCAAAUGUAAUGAACCUAGCUGAUCUGGAAGUCUUGUCCCGCUAUAUUGAAACAUUGACCCUUACCAAUGUCACUGACACCGGGUGUUCAGGUAAGAUCGAGAUAUUUGAUUUUAAUAAGCAGGAUGACUACCUCGGUCCAUUGUCAAAAGAUAAACAGAGCAUGUACGAAAGCAGUAGUAAAGGAGAAGAAAACAACCCAAACGAAAGUGCUCUUAAAUCACCUGCUCCUGUUGGGCCAAAGUCUACCAACAUAUUGAAUGAACAAUCAAAUGAAGCUGCGGUCACAGGAGAUACAACAGAAGUAGCUAUAUCCGAUAUUAUUCCAUUACCAAAUGCUGUUUCUAAGAAAAAGCGUUGGCCACCCUUUCAAAGUGAUAAAUUAAGCCGAAGUAAAGAUAAGGAAGAUUGCCAAAUUAAAUCAAAAGAUCAAUUGAAGCCAAAGGGUAUUCCGGACUUUUCAUUAUUAAAAGAUAGGGAACUUCAAUUGAGUCAAUUUGUGUCGAAAAUGGGAUUAAUUAAAAUAAGAAGCUUAGUUGUGACAGGAUCGUAUCAGUUUGUGUUGCUUGAUGAACAGGGAAACCUGAUGUUGACUGAUAUGACAGGUCAUAUUCAUGACAGUAUGAAACUCAAACCAAGUGAUAUGCCGUACAUAACAUCUUACGACAGUCAUUCUGUAGCCAUGCUUCAAAACAGAGAACAAACCAUUAACAUUGUGAAUUUUAACAACGGUAAACUGACGAAAGCGAAAGCGUUGUCAAAACUGAAACAAAGGGUAACAGUCACAGGGUUUGAUUAUCAUGAAGACACACAUACAUUUGCGAUAAGUGGAUAUGAUGGUGACAAAGGGUGCUUGAUUCUUGUUCAUGUUGACAAACAAAGUCAGGAAGAGUGUCACAAAUUCGACAUGCGGGUGUUUUUGAAAUCGUGUCCGAACGAAAAUGACGUGCACAAAACGAUGUAUGAUUUCCAAAAUGAGGCACUUUACGUUUUGAAUGUCACUUAUAAGACCCUGAAGCGAUUUGAUUUUUCUACGAACAGUUUUAAAUGGAAACGAAAAAUAGACGAGAAAAGUUUUAGUCCACAACAAAUGACAGCUGACUCUAGCAAAUUGUAUGUGACGAGCAUGAAUUGUGUCGUUGUGUUUGAAAAGAAAACCGGCGACUAUAACCAAUCUCUACAAGCAGAUAAACUAGGGAACGACGUUCUGAAUGCGAUUUGCCUUAUACCAAAUGAGCGCUUAGUGGUGUCCUCGUGCGUUUCCGAAGAUCCUCAAAAAGCAGCGACCCUCGUGUUUGUUGAUAUUUAAGUAGAUGAAAUAUAACCAUCCGAAGCGCGAAACCUUCCUAUCAUUCUCGCUUUGAUAUGGAUCAUUUAUUGACAUCAAAACGUGAACAACGCCACCGACGCCUACGAGCGCAAGCUAGAAUAUUAUUUAAUUGUGUAAUCAUAUAAAGUCAGAUUCUGAAGUAUUCUGCUAUAUGUGAAUAUGCUUUUUGAAUCUACUAGUUGUGUUUUUUGUCAGAAUAUUGAUCAUUGUUUAAUCAUAUAAAUUCAGAUUCUGAAGUAUUCUGCUAUAUGUGAAUAUGCUUUUUGAAUUUACUAGUUGUGUUUUUUGUCACAAUAUUGAUCAAAAACCUACAAACAAAACUGCUGUUUAAGGAGUUUAAACCUAUCUUUUAAUUAACGACUAACUAAAUUGGUUUCAAGUGGCAAACAGAAUAAUGGCAUAUUGAGCAAACUCAUUCAAGUUGAGUGUGUCUUGUCUGUUUUGUCCAAUUGUACGUGAUCCGGUCCGAGGGAAAUUUGGGGCUUAAAUGUUAUAAUUAUGUAUGUAUAGUAUAUGCUUAUAUGCAAUUCAACCCUUAUGUUAUUUGUUUUCUGAACUGCAUACACGCAUAGUCUGAAUAGUUCUUAAAUCUGUUGUGUUUAUAUAUUUUCAUUUUCAUUAUUAUUAUGAUACUUCAAAUCAUAAAGUAACUUCUUAAUGAAUAACCCAGUCGUUAUGCUUAUUAACAUAAGUAGAUAUGUUUGCUUCUGUGCUUGAUAUAAUAAACAUUGGAAAGUACAGGAAUAAGUUAAGUUAUUUUAAACUUAACAAAGAUGUUGU